AUGCCAGUAUUCAAUUUCAAGUCUGAGACCGCCAGGGAGGCGUCGCCCUUGAUCACGGCUCUAAGGAUUACCGCUGCAUUUCCGUACGUCCACCGACUCGGACAGCCAUGGCUGCAGACGCGCCAGAAUUCUGGCCAUCUCGACGAGCUGCCUUUCCUUACCUGGUCCCAGGCCUUAUCUUUCGGACCCUUCGACCUCAAGUCCAAGUCUCGCGACUGGCAGUCCAACUGCUUCCGAGGAGGCGUCGCCCUUAAAUACGGCUCCGAAGAAUCUGGGACGUCUCAUGCCCAGACUUCUGUCCGCCUCGCCUUCCUUUCCUUCCGAGACCCGAAGCCCAAGUCCUGCGGGUACUUCAACAGCUUCCUGGUCCCUGAGCCUUCCCAGACCUCAAAUGAACGCACAGAGCCAAACCCCAGUACUCGAACACACGGUGGCCAGCAUCUAUCCACCAGCAAGGCGAACUUCUGUACCGCCGUUAAUAACGGCUCCGAAGAAGCAUUAAUCUGGCCUUAA